AUGACAGUGAUGAUGAUGAUGAUGAUGGAUGAUGCUGUCAUGAUGCUGAUGCUGGUGAUGAUGAUGACGAUGAUGAUAACCAUGCUGAUGACGAUGCUGAUGAUGAUCAAGCUGAUGAUGACGAUGAGAAUGGUGAUAAUGCUGAGGAUGAUGAUGUUGAUCAUGCUGCUGAUGAUAAUGAUGACGAUGCUGAUGAUGAUUGGUUCAUCAGGGACACGUCCUGGCAUUCGAAAAUUCAAUUCCAUUCUAGUUGACGAUGUGGCUACGAGGAAAAAUUUGGGAUUUUUUAUGAACAACUUAGAAAAAUCUAAUUCACAAAUCGUCAUGAGAGAGAAGAGGAACAUUGGUAGUCUGAUUGCAGCACACUUCACGAGAUUACUUCAUCCCCUGCACACCUUUUGA